AGCGAAUAAAAGUAACAAUAAUUAAUACAAAUUAAAAACAUUUACUUCAAGUAAAAUCAAUAAUAUAAAACUUAGCAAAACAAUAAAGAUAAAAUGGAAGCCAACUACACUGCUUAACUCGACUAAUAAGUUGCCACUGUUACUAAGGUUGCUGCUAUGACUGAAGGAUGGAGCAAGGGUAAAACUUUGGGAUCCUCCACCUUAUACACCCGUAAAUACGAAAAAUACGAUUUACUCUUAGCCAGAAUUGAAACUAUUGCCGACGUCAAGUUAGAAUCCUGUGUCAAGUACUUCAACGAAGACUUUGAAGCCCAACACAAGAGCAAAGAUAACAGUGAUUUCAUUCAAGAAAUUGAAAAGAUUGAUGCCACCACAAAAGUUGUCUAAUUCAAGCUCAAGGGUAAACUUAUGGUCAGUGCCAGAGACUUCUUAUGUGUUCAAUAAAUCAGAGACUAACCCAAUGGUGGAAAAAUUAUCGUUAAGGUUAAUCUUCCUACCCACGCCAAGUAGGUUAAGAACGAUGCUGUUAGAGGUGAAUGUGUUAUUAAUGGUAAUAUCUUUACUCCUAUUGAUGCCAACAAAACUAAGAUUGAAUCUUUCUAUCUUAUGGACCCCAAAGGAAGUAUUCCUGCUUCUUUGGUUAACACCCAAAUGGAAAAGCAAUUGGAAGCUCAAGAAAAGGCUAUUCCUUUCAUGAAAAAAUACUGA